GAGCUUAAUUAUUUAGUGCCAUGGGCAUGAUAAAGUCAGGAUUGCGGUUCACAAUGGGUCUGGAGGGGCUCUCUGACCUAACUCUUGUUCACGUUCAUUAUUCAAACCUGUGGACCACGGGAAAGUCAUUCAACGCUUUGUGUUUUUACAAAAAAAAUCAUGUCUUCCAUUUUGCUAGAAACCACCUUUGUAUACCCCACUAACGCAACUGAAUAGCUAUAGCGUAUCUAGUUUAUUAAUUUAAUGUGAUUGUACUGUACCUAGGGUUUAGACUGUUAUGACAUCAUAUGAUCGUGUCAAUGACACUGUCGAGGACAGCACAAGAAACAUACACGAACAGAAGGAUAACGACAGUUUUCUGACGACCAAUUCGUAUCGAACUACUUCACACCUACCGAACUCUACAGCAACAAGCAAAGAGAAGAGGAGAGCGUCUAGUGGGGAUAAUCAACAUCAAUAUCGGUUAACUGGUCUACUGAUAGUACAAAACCUUCUAGCAUCUGCACUUAGUGAAAACGGUUACUUACGAUCUCAGAUAACGAGAUUAGAAAAAUUUUGCAGAAAUUUGAGAAAGCACGUGGUCGGUGGAGCAACAGAUCAAGCAACCACAAUUGACUCUGAAUCGAGAUACGACGAGUCUAUAGAUGAUACGGACGAUAACGGCUCGUUACUAUCAAUAGUAUUAAGGAACUUACGGUUGCCGGAAGAUACGGUAUCUGGGAAACAAGGAACGGGGGCUGGAGGUUUUGGUCUUAAGAAGGAAAUCCACGAUCUAAGAGUAACCCGUCAACAUCAACAGUCAGUAAUAGAAAACCUUGAACGUGAACUGAGUAUAUAUCACCAGCUUCAAUCAUUAGACACUACAACACCCAUUGAGCGUUCUGUCGUCAAAAGAUUAUCAGACUACGAACAAAUGUUAUUUAUAGAAAAGACAAUGGUUAGAGAGCUAGGGAUACGAUUGGAAGAGAAAGAAAAUGAAGUACAACGUCUAGAGCGUCAGCUGGAUCUAGAACAUUACGGGAGACGAAAGAUAUCAAAUAUUCUUAAUGAUCUUCUCAACAGUUUCGUACUCUGUUGCUUAGAGAUGCCAGACGUCGCCAUGGAGACGGAACUAAAGGCUGCUUUUGAAGAUAUGAUGAGGAAGGCGGAACAACUGGCGGUUGAUAUUCGAGACGACAUAGCAGCAACUGUUGCAGUCGCCUUAGACGAUGGCAGUGGCAAUGAUUUCUUACGCGAAAAAUUGAAAGACUUUAGGAUUAAUGAUUUAGAUGAGUUGACGUCGUCGCAACUGAAGGGAAAAGUUAUUGAGUUACACGACGAGUUACAAGGGUUGCACAUAAGAUGCAAGAAGAGUGUGAUAGAGCAGAUGAGAAAGCACAAAGUGAGUACAUUAAAGGCUAAAGAUCUUGAAGAAAAAUUAGACAAGUCCGACGCGGAUAGACGCCUAGGGGAGAUGCAGUUGGGAGACGAGUUACGAAAGACUCGUGCGCAGUUGGACGAAUUCAUUCAAACGUUAGGACAUCGAAGUUCCUAUGCAGACAAAGCGGCUCAGUCUGUUCGAUCAUUAGUUGAGCUGAUGGAGGAUCAGAAGCAUGAACUAGUGACGCAACGAGAUCAGCUGGUAAACGAGUUGUCUCGGCUUCAAGCGAUAAUAAAUAAGCAGGAACAAGAUAUUGACAUAUUGCAAGAGGAGAUAAGUUGCAUUAGGAUGGGUGCUCGAGAAGAGGCGAUGAAGGCUGUGCAGGAUGAUAUGGAAAAGAUGAAUUCAAACUGCAAACGGUUAGAAGAAAAUGAGAAAAGUCUUGAUCGUCGUAUUGGACUGUUGGAAAAGGAAAACAGAGAUGAACGAGAGAAGAGGCGAUUGAUUGAAGAAGAAGCGGAACAUGAACGACAUAAGAUGCAGACGUACGAGUCAGAGAUACGCGACCUCCAAGCCCAAAACGAGUCAUUGGAAGACAGCAAGGCACAACUAGAGUCUAAAGUGACUGUUCUUCAACAAAGAGUCGCUAGCGGUCAACAACUGGCAUCAACACAACCAUCUGAUCCGAGCCAGUCUGUGCUACAGAGUGCCCACGACGUUUCGUGGUCGGGUAGAGACCUUCAUCGUCCAAUCUUGCUCUCACGUUCAUCCCAUCUAAAUCGCGAACGAACAGACGCAAUGGAACAACGGGAGAGACGAGACGACAACACAGCGGUCUCUACAAUGCAGACAUCACUGACAGCGGACAUGAUGGCGUCGACACCGGUACCGCACAGUCAGUCAUCUCGUCCCGGUCUUUCUGUCAUGUCAAUUGACAACGACUGGUCGGCCAUUCGACAUGGAGACGCGAUGCCUUUCUUGUCGCUGCAGACGGUAGGACACCGUCAUUCUAGUUACGCUGAUUCGGGCUUGCCACCGUCGUUUAGAGAAGGACGGAGAGAGUUGUCACAUGCGAGGGAGUUUGGUGCGAAGUCUUCACGUCAUCCGGUUAGUCGAGAUGUUAUGAAGUGUUUGCGUUGUGGCGAAAGAUUUUCGGUAAAUAAUCUGGAAGACUAUGAAAGGCACAUACAACAAUGCUACGCUGACGUUAGUUAACGACACGUUUCUUUAGGCGACUAAAAUUUUGCAAUUGUCAAAACUGGAUUUUAUUGUUGCUGGCUGGCUGGCUGGCUUCUUUUAGGACUACGAAGUUAGACUUCGUGAUCAGUUAGCAUCAUACAUGCAGUUGCUUCGUGUACGACUAGACAAUUUAUGGCGCAUAGUGCGUUGCUUGUAUGCGACGGUAUUUGUCAAGAGACGAUUUGAGAAUUUAGUUGAGACAAAAAGACUUUAAUUUCGGUACGUGUACAUUUGAGGUUUUCACCGUUAAAUCUGAUAUGCAAAAUAAAGUCUGGUUU